AAAACCUAUUAAUACGUAUAUAGUAGUCAACAAGAAGUUAGAGAGAGAAAUAUCAAAGAUGGAGAAGAUAGAGCACACAAUAGUGCCCACCAAUGGCAUCAACAUGCACAUAGCUUCAAUAGGGACAGGUCCAGUGGUUCUCUUCCUCCAUGGCUUCCCUGAGCUCUGGUACUCAUGGCGCCACCAGCUUCUCUCCCUCUCUUCCCUUGGCUACCGUUGCAUCGCCCCUGACCUCCGUGGCUUCGGUGACACUGACGCGCCGCCCUCCGCCGCCUCCUACACCGCGCUCCACAUCGUCGGUGACCUUGUUGGCCUACUUGACCAUCUGGGUAUUGACCAGGUUUUCUUAGUUGGCCAUGACUGGGGGGCUGUGAUGGCCUGGUAUUUUUGUUUGCUCAAGCCUGACAGGGUCAAGGCCUUGGUCAACAUGAGCUUGGCGUAUCGUCCUAGGAACCCAAUAAGAAAGCCUUUGGAGAGUUUCAGAGCUUUGUUUGGAGAUGAUUACUAUGUCUGCAGGUUUCAGGAACCUGGGGAGAUUGAAGAAGAGUUUGCUCAUGCAGGAACUGCAAGAAUAAUAAGGAGAUUUCUUACUUCUCGCAGUCCACGUCCACCUUGUAUACCUAAAGGAGGAUUCAGAACUUCCCCUACUACCACCUUGCCAGCUUGGCUGUCUGAAGAAGAUGUCAAUUAUUUUGUCAGCAAAUUUGACAAUAGAGGCUUCACUGGAGGACUGAACUAUUAUCGAGCUUUGGAUCUAACCUGGGAGCUCACAGCACCGUGGACUAAUGCACAAAUCAAAGUGCCAGUGAAGUUUAUUGUGGGUGACCUAGACAUCACCUACCAUAUCCCUGGUGUCCAAGAAUACAUACACAAAGGUGGCUUCAGUAGAGAUGUGCCAUUUUUGCAAGAAGUAGUUGUCAUGGAAGGAGCAGCUCACUUCAUAAACCAAGAAAAGCCAGAGGAGAUCAGUGCACACAUAUAUGACUUUAUCAAGAAGUUUUGAUUUUCCUUUAGCCACACCAGCAUGCUAAAUUCCUAUAUGUAUUGAUACGCAGCUGAUGCUAAAUCCAUGGACUAGUUGUUAGGGGUGGUAGCUCCAUCUCUGAUUUUGGAGUAAAAAUGUUUCAUGGUGUUGAAAAAGUCUUUCUGGUGCUUUGGCCUCAUAGGCUCUACUUGCCUGCUUUUUAUCUUGUUCAGAGUUUCCAUGAUAUCUGUCUGACUGUCCCGUAGGCUGUGUUAUCUUCCCAAAUAAACAAAUAAAGGUAUAAUACUGUGAAGUCCUUUACCCCUUUA